AUGGCGAGCUCGAACGACAAGAUGGCUAUAGAUGAUGCCACCGUCGUCAAUGAGAUCAGUACUACUGCUGCCCCUGUCGAUGACGAGACGAAAAAAGGUCCAGAUGCUAUCAUCGACUCAGAUGUUUCUUCGAAUCUCGAAGGCAAGGAUCGCAGGCGCUUCAAGGAAUUCAGCGAGUCCGCAUUUGAGCAGACGGAGGACCCAAGAUUCUAUAAACCAAUACCGGAAUACGAGGGCAUACACCGUUGGGACCCCGACUUCGACUGGACAGAGGAAGAAGAGAAGCGGCUCAUCAGAAAGGUUGAUUGGAGAGUAUGCACCUUUGCGUGCAUUACGUUUUUUGCGCUACAGCUGGACCGUGGCAAUGUGGUUCAAGCUACAUCUGAUACCAUGCUCACGGACCUUGGCAUGGAUACCAACGAUUAUAAUACCGGGCAAACAAUCUUUUACUGCGCAUUCCUUUUCGCGGAGCUCCCAUCCCAGCUGAUAUCCAAGAAGCUUGGACCGGACCGAUGGAUUCCCAUUCAGAUGUUUUCUUGGAGCUUGAUUGCUGCUUGCCAAGCUUUUCUUGAAAAUAGGACCGGAUACUACAUCUGCAGAGCACUUUUGGGAUUGUUUGAGGGUGGUUUCAUUCCCGAUACGAUCCUAUUUCUUUCGUUUUGGUACAAGUCGAAGGAACUACCAAUCCGACUCAGCUUUUUCUGGGUCUCCUACCAAGGAACCGCAAUCAUCGGCGCCUUCCUCGCGUUUGGGUUCCUCCAUAUUAGACGGGAUGAUGGAUCCGGAGGGUGGAGAUACCUCUUUGCUUACGAAGGUCUGAUUACUGGAGUUAUUGCCAUCAUCGCCGCAUUCUGGAUGCCUCCUUCGCCAACCCAGACAAAGGGAAUUCUCCGGGGUAAGGAUGGAUGGUUUAGUGAGCAUGAGGAGAAGAUCUUAGUCAAUCGAGUCAUCCGAGACGACCCUAGUAAGGGAACGAUGCACAACCGUCAAGCAGUCACUCCCAAGAUGCUCUGGAAAGCUCUUUGGGACUACGAUAUGUGGCCCAUCUACUUGCUGGGUUUGACCUGGAUGAUCCCUAAUACCCCGGCAACGAGUUAUAUCUCUAUUCAGCUGAAAUCAUUGGGAUUCUCCACGUUCCAAACCAAUUUGUUGACCAUCCCGGCUUACGUGGUUUUCAUCAUCAAUCUUCUUCUUUGGACAUGGAUUUCUGAGCGCUUUGAUGUCCGCUUCCUGCUCGGAAUUGUGACUGAAGUCUGGUGCCUGGUGCCACUGAUCGCACUCGCUGUCCUUCCAGACAACAGUAGUCCAUGGGCAUUAUGGAUUCUGAACGUGCUCCUAAUUGGUGCUCCUUAUGUGCAUGCUGUUGUUGUAGCCAUGACCUCCCGAAAUGCGGGCUCCGUGUCGACAAGAACUGUUGCUAGUGCGUUGUACAACAUGUUUGUUCAGGUAUCCAACAUUAUCGGUAACAACAUAUAUCGAGAACAAGAUAAGCCGCACUACCGCGUUGGAAAUCGUGUUCUUAUAGCAUUGGCAGCUUGGAGCUUGGUACUCUUCAUCGGAGCCAAGUACUACUACGUGUGGCGCAACAAGAAGAGGGCAGAAAUAUGGGAUAGAAUGUCGAGUGAGGAAAGGACAGCAUACCUGGCUGCUAAUGGCGACAAAGGAAACAAACGACUCGAUUUUAGAUUUACUUACUAA